UGCUCAUCUGUUUUGCCUACGUGUGACGUAGGACGUAAACACACCCUGAAGCAAGUAUAAUUACUAGCUGUCAGUAUUUGACGAUGGUAUACUGGCAUAGCAGUUAGCUAGUUAAAACAUGACGGGUACUGUUCCAAAUCAUAUGGAAAUUGAUUUGUCAGGCGACAUAGAUACAACUGGUGACUUCAGAGAGGCAUCAAAGACUGGAUUUCUCAUGCAGCUUCCAGUUCAGUUACAGCUGGCAUCACCAGCAGCUCGUGAAUGGCUCUCUCGGAGACGGGAAAAUGUGAGACCUUGGUUGGCCUUUGUUAACACCCAAAAUUUUAAGGCUCCACCCAAUAUUCAACGAUGGACUAAGAGAGUGACAAAAAAUGUGGAUUACUUCCAGUCAAAUUAUAUGUUUGUUUUCAUUGGACUUAUUCUCUACUGCUUGAUCACAUCACCAUUGUUAUUGGUUGCUGUGGCAGCAUCACUUGGUGCUUGCUAUGUACUUUCAUUGAGAAAUGCUGAAAAGAAGAUAAUAGUAGGUGGCCAUGAGUUACCUCUUGUUCAUCAGUAUGCUGCAGUGGGAAUUCUAUCUCUACCCAUUUUUUAUAUUGUUGGAGCAGGUGCUGCUCUGUUUUGGGUGCUAGGUGCAAGUUUCUUCAUAAUAGUUUUACAUGCCUCAUUCUACAACAUUGAAGCUAUUCUGGGUUCUGAAGAUGAGCCUUUUGAUCUGGAAAUGCAACAGGUUUAAACACAGUGCUGGUGCAGGGGUUGUGUGAAGUUGAGUUUUACAGUAUAUACUUUUUUUUUUAUAGACAAGAUAUUAAAUUAUGAAACAUUGUAGUUGACCUUUUAGUGUCUUGUACUGUACCUUUCUGCUGAUCUGCAUGUUUACAUAACAUCAAUUAUGACAAUACUAUUUUGCAAUGGUAUAAUCUUCUUAUAAUUAAAAAAAUAUUAGUUACAAUAAAGGGAAUUUAUACAUUCUUUAGUGUUAGCUAAGGUAAGUACAGUGGAACCUUGGUUUUCGUACAUAAUCUGUUCCGGAACCUCAAACGAUAUCCGAAAUGUAUGAAAACCGAAACAAUAAUUCCCAUGAGGAAUAAUGUAAACAGUAUUACGUAGUGCGUUCCAGACCCCCAAAAAUAUUAACAAAAAUUAAAUUUUACAGGGAAUAAAGAGUUUUAUUUUACAUUACAUACAGAAAGCAAUGAGAAAUGAAUAAAAAUGAAUAAUGAAACAAAUAAUGAACAUUUAACAUCACUCUUACCUUUAUGAAAGACUUGUUAGUGUAUGGAAGAUAGAGAGGAGGUGAGAUUACUGUAUGGAAGGGGAAUCCCCCUCUAGAAGGACUAUAAGUAUCAAAAACCUAUAUGGGGUUACUUCUCUACAUUUUUUAGUGGCAUUGUCUGAGGUUACUUCCUCACUUUGUUUUUACUGGCACUAGGACCAGCAUGAGAGUCACUAGACUCCUGUCGAAUAACAAAACUAGCCAGAGACAUUUGUUUCUGAUACCUCUUCAGUAUCUGCCUAAAAUGAUACAAAGCGUUGUCAUUAAACAUGUUAGAGAGACAGAUUGCAACGUCUUUGUUAGGAUGAUAUGUCUCAACAAAAUUUUUGACAUCACUUUGCAAACAUUUCUGUAAUCACUGAAGUAGGUUCCUCCUUUGCCAUUUUUGCUGUGCCUGCUAAAGGUCUUUUAGCUCCUCAGUGGUUAGCUCUUCCCUGUGGGCAUCUACUAACUCUUCCACAUCCUCGCCAUUCACAUCCAAGCCCAUGGACUUCCCCAGAGACACAAAAGAUUCCACAACAGGCGUAGGGUUGUCAGGUCAGCCUCAAACCCUUUGAAAUCCUUCUUAAGGUAACACUGGCCACAAUUUUCUCCAAGCAGAAUUCAUUGUCCUGGAGAAAUCUCUUAGGGUCAAUUCAAUGUCUGAGGUCACUUCAGAGUACCUUUGAAUGAAACAGUGCCUUGGUAUAGAGUUUCUUGAUGUUUGAAAUGAUCUGUUAGUCCAUGGGCUGAAUGAGAGGAGUGGUAUUAGGGGGCAAAAUUCAAUGUGAUGAAUUUAAAUUCAUCCAGCAACUGGUCCUCCAAGCCAGGAGCAUGUGCAGGAGCAUUGACCAUUACCAGGAGGCACUUGAGGGGCAAUUGAUUUUCUUGCAGGUAUUUUUUCACACUUGGGCUAAACACUUCAUUGACACACUCAGUGAAAACUUGCCUUGUGACCCAUGGCUUUUUAUUGGCCUUCCACAUCACAGGCAAUUUAUUCUUGAUCACAUUGUUUUCCUUGAACGCUCGGGGAGUUUCAGCGUGAUACACAAGUAGGGGCUUCACUUUGAAAUCCCCACUGGCGUUCCCACAGACCAAGAGUGUUAGCCCAUCCUUCAUCAGCUUGUUCUCUGGCAAUGAACUUUCCUCCUGGGUGAUGUAGGUCCACUUUGGCAUUUCUUUUUUUUUUUCCAAAACAGGCCUGUCUCAUCUCAACUGAAGACCUGUUGAGGCUUCAGUCUCAAGAUAUUCUGAAUUCAUCAACGAAAUCUUCAGCGACGUGUUUAUUGGAACUCGCAGCCUCCCCAUGCCGUAUGACAGUGUAUGCCCGUGUGCUUUUUUAAUUUUUCAAACCAGCCUCUGCUGCCCUUGAAAUCAUUAGGAGCAGCACUUGCUGUUGGCAUUUUCUUGCUUAAAUCAGCAUGCAACAUCCUAGCUUUCUCACUAAGGAUCACUUUAGACACACUAUCCCCCACAAACUUUUUUCAUUGAUCCACACCAACAGCAGCUUGUCAACAUCUUCCACUAGUUACGAUCUCUGUUUCGAUAAUGAUGUGACCCUUUUUGCAGCAUAAGCUACCUUGAUUUCGUUUCUUUGCUAGGAUCUUGAAUUUUAUCGUAUUUCUCAUCUUUUUAACAGAAGGGCUGGCACUUGCAACUUUUUUUGGCCCCAUGAUGGCUUCUUUGCAAUGCGUUUUAACAAAAUAACCCAAAACACAACAAACACGUGUAAUGAUGUGGACUGUGAGUGCGGUGAUGGUUGGUCAGUGAGAAAGCCAGGAUGGGUUACAAGAGAAAAGACUGGAUGCUUUAUUUUGGGCUUGAUAGGGGGCCCAGUCACAUGCUGGGCCCUGGAUGGAGCGUUUCCACAUGUACGAAAACCAAGGAACAUACGAACAUACGAUAGCAGACAAAAUUUUGUAGAAAAAAGUCUACGAAAAGAGAGGCGUACGAAAACUGAGGUUUGACUGUAUAAUUAUAUUGUGCUGUGCAUCAACAGGAUACUUUUGUAAUAUAAAUGUUGCUAAUUUUGCAUCCGAAGAAUUCGGGGAAUUGAAGUAUUCAUUAAAGAGAUAUAAAUGUUGCUAUCCUUCCUCAAAUUUAAAAAAAUCAUUUAUCACUUACUGGUAUACUGCAUUAUCAAAAAAAUUUUUUAGUAAUCAUUUACCAUAUACUGGUAUACUGCAUUAUCAACUGCUACUUUUUAGAUCUUUAUUAUUCGUAGUUUUUAAUUUAGUGGAACUUAUUACAUGAUAUCUUGAUGCUGAACAGUUUUAGAUGUUAUUACUUCAGAAUUACCUCAAUCUUAUUUACAUAUGUCGAAAGAACAAAUUGCAGUUUGAUAUAGUACAUUCUAUAUUAAAGGAUUUGGUUACUACUAUAUUUUUUUAUAGUUUUAAGAUGCUACACAAGAAGCACUUAACAAAAAGUUCACCGAUAACUAAUUUUGUAAUAGUAUCCGUAACCUUUGUAUGAUAAAGUUGUUUUCAGAUAUUAUAUUGGUACAGUACAUUUAUACUUAUAUUUUUUAUAGUUUUAAGAUGCUACACAAGAAGCACUUAACAAAAAGUUCAUCGAUAACUAAUUUUGUUAAUUACUAAUAGUAUCUGUAACCUUUGUAUGAUAAAGUUGUUUUCAGAUAUUAUAUUGGUACAGUACAUUUAUACAAACUAAAAAAAAUUGGUUUUAGUGAUUUGGUAAUGGUAUGUAGUACUUUAUGGAGGCAGGAAAGGAUUAUUGACACAUGAAUUGAGGCAGAAUGAAAAAAUAAUGUUCAGUUAGCUUGUGUGUUAGUUAUUCAUAUCUCAAAAUUGUUAUCCUCCUUGACUUGACAAUAGUUUAUGUACUGACUGUGAUUUAAGACUAGAAAAUUAAUUUUUUCAUUGUUGCAGAAAUAACUUUCAGAGUUAUAAACAGAGGCUUAUAUCUGAAACCUUUUAACCUUUGCUCGUUGCUCACAAACAAUUUUUAUUUAUUUUUUUCUUUCAUAGAAGCACACAAAUAACACUGUGAACAUAUAUUUUUACACCAAAGAGAAAUCCUGAUAUUUUCCGGCUUCAAAAUAUAAUUUAUGUUAGAUUAAUAUAUUGCUAUUUAUAUGUCUUGGUGUUUUUAUAAAAGAUGUAAUCAAUUGAAAA